UCUCGCGGGCGCGCUCGUUGGAAGCGGUUCAACUUUUUUCCUCCUAGUGCCCAUCUAGUGCUCAAAGUGCCGUCGCAACAUCAGCGUCAUCGUCAUCAUCAUCAUCGUCAACAGUCAGCUAGCUCACCUGAGCGUCGAAGUGCAAAGACCUGCGGAAAGAGAUUCGAUCAACAACGUCCACCCCUCUCUCCCGCCUCACACAGCACUUCCACUUUCGGUUUGCUUCGCUGCCAAAAGUCUGGGAUCAUACGCCAGCCAGCCGAAGGUCGUCGCGAAGGACCGGGUGAAAGUGAUUAGAAAAGGAACGCCUGCAACGGGCAUCAGUAUCGCUAGGUACGUCUAACCGUUCGGAUUGGUCUGUGCUUAGAGGAAGGUUUCGGUUGGAAUUGGUUUCCAUCGGUGUUGAAGCCCCUCACCAGUUGUGGGACAUUCUUAGGCGCAAAUUCUCGUCUUCGCAUACCUUAAAAACCUCGACCUUUGAAAGCUCGACGAUGUCGCUCGUACCGGUACAGUACCGCACGUGGUGGGAUGACUGGGACCUGCCGCUGUACACGCGCGUCCUCGAGAAGUCGAUCACGCAGGAGGUGCUCUGCACGGACGACUACUGGCGGGGGGCGCCGCUAGCGCCGCUGCGCUGGUCCAGCCUGUACCGGCCCUGGCGCUACUUCAGCCUGCGGGACGUCGGCGCGAAGGUGGACACGGACCGGGAUCGCUUCCAGAUCGAGCUCGACGUGCACCAGUUCCUGCCGCACGAGGUCACGGUCAGGCGCACGGACAAGUACGUCACGAUCGAGGGCAAGCACGAGGAGAAGCGGGACGAGCAGGGCUACGUGGCGCGCCAGUUCUCCCGUCGCUAUCUGGUGCCGAUUGGAUACGACGCUAACCUGAUCGUCUCGUCGCUCUCGUCCGACGGCGUGCUGACCGUCACGGCGCCCCGGAUUGGUCUGCCGGCACCGAAAGUCGAAAAGUACGUCCCGAUCUGGCACACCGGUAAACCGGCCAUCGAGGACAAGAAUUCGCGACGCUGUUUGACGUACUACAAGUAAACGAACCGAUCGAACAGACACACACAUCGUAUUCCCUUCGGAACGAUACGUGGCUUAGAAUGUAAUGCACGGCAAUUCUUUCCAACACCCUGCGAAUGUUGUGCUGCACGUCGUACUUAUUUUCUUGUGAUUUAAGUCCCCACGGUUGGAGCAAGCUGCAGAAAAGAUGUAAAUGGUGGAAUGGUGAAUUGCAUACUUUUAGGCGUUUGCUGUCUAAAUUUGGGCGUAAAGCUAGUUUUGAAAGAGUAGCUCGAUUAGAACCAUUAUUGAGCACCGUUUACAUCUUUUAAGCAGCUUUACUACCUAGGAAACAUGCGUUAAAUGUCACACACACGCUCACAUACAUAUCCAAAAUGCUAAUACUCGAAAAGCAAAAGAAAGCAGCACUAACCCGAUUACUACCGUAAGCCACGCGUACCAACUAAAGAUGUGAUUCAUUAGCAAACAGUGUUAUCGUUGUUGUUCAUUGUUAGAAGCCCGGAACGAGUAGUAGUUCCCUCUUUUCUACCCUUUCCAUCUCUAACAUUACACCCGAUUGUGUGCGUAACAUUGUUUGACGUGAGACGACGGCUUUCUCGUCAUUCCGUUUACACAAGGAGCUGGCAUAGACUAUAAUCUAGUUCGGUUGUUUUUUUUUCUUUCUGGCGAAUAACAACAACGUUCACAGAGUAAACUAAUUCCAAUAAUAAAAAUCGUAUUGAAUCUAAUGUCGAACGCACCUGUAA